CAUCACUGCAACAAUCUCGGAUCAAACCGUUUUCUAGAAAAACUCUGUCAUACAAUCAGUCAAAGCCUUACUAUAUCAGUUACGAAGCAGCAGGUUGACUGGAAACAUGGCAGAUGGUCGCGGUGAUUCGGAACGCGAUGGAAAUUCCGACCCCUACUCGGGUUCUGAUCCGCUGUACUCUAAGCCUCCUCCAUUAUCGCGAAAGCAGCGACGUCAGUCUCAGGGAGAGUCCGAUCGCUUGAGAGCAGAGUUUAGAAGAACUGUGGGUUAUUCUCGAAUUUACUCCAUCGCCUCAACACCUACAAUGUCUCAAAUUAUCAACAUUUAGGAUGAUCAUCACCUUAUCUAUACGCUGUUUGUCCGAGCUUUUGACAUUUGUUGAUUUAAAUGAUGGCGACUGACUGUCCCACAGACCGAGGAGAGUGCAAUGCAGGCGGAACUCAGGAAGAACGUUUCUGCUCAGGCCAUAGAGGAAGGCAGUGGAUCCGAGGGCGAAAUGGCAGCCAUCGGAAUGGUUAAUGAACUAUUACUCAGGCAGGAGCAGCAACAGCAACAGCAACAGCAACAGCAACAGCAACAGCAACAGCA